AUGUCGUACAAGAAAGAAACUCCAUUGGCUAAUGCCGUGUUUUGGGCAGCACAGAAGGGAAAUCUGGCCUUGCUCCAGCUGCUCUUGAACAGUGGUCGUGUGGAUGUAGACUGUAAGGACAAAUUUGGGACCACAGCCCUCAUGGUGGCGUCAUAUACAGGUCAUUAUGAAUGUGUGAGAGAACUCAUCAUGCAAGGAGCAGACAUCAACCUACAGAGAGAGACAGGUUCUACUGCCCUUUUCUUUGCCUCUCAGCAAGGUCACAAUGAUAUAGUCAAGCUUUUGUUUGAGUUUGGGGCAUCUACAGAACUCCAGACGAAGGAUGGAGGCACAGCUCUCUCUGCUGCUUGUCAGUAUGGUCACAGUGACGUAGUUGAGACGCUGUUGAAGAACGGGGCCAAUGUCCACGAUGAGCUCAGUGAUGGUGCUACACCCCUCUUUCUCGCCUCCCAAGAAGGUCAUGUGACGGUCAUACGCCAGUUGCUGUCAUCUGGAGCCAAAGUCAAUCAUCCUCGCAAGGAUGGCACUGUGCCUUUAUGGAUAGCUGCCCAGAUGGGACACAACGAGGUUGUGAAAGUUCUCUUGCUGCGUGGAGCUGACCGAGAUGCUGAGAGAAAAGAUGGCUCUACUGCCCUGUUCAAGGCAGCACAUAAAGGACACAAUGUUGUAAUCGAGGAACUCCUAAAGUUCUGUCCCUCUCUCGGCCUUCUGAGGAAUGGAUCCACAGCAUUGCAUGCUGCAGUCAUGGGUGGAAGUGUAAAAACAGUAGCCCUCCUGGUGGGAGCGAAUGCUGACCCCAUGUUACCUAACAAGAACAACGAUCUCCCUGCCGACCUCACAAAGAACGACCGCAUUCUCCGGACUCUGAAACCACACAUCUCAAACAGAGAGAGUUUAUGA